UUGAGACAAAUGUAGGAAUCGCAACGAGAGAAAGCAGGACUUUCAGCAGCAGCAGCAGCACGGAGGGAGGGAGAACAUAAGGAUAUCUUAUCUGGGGUGAUCCCUCGUCGCAAUCUCUCACGGUCUGACACUCUCUCUGUCUCUCUCUUUUCUCUCUGUCUCUCCCAGACAGAGGAGAGGAUCAGCAGUGUGAAAGAAAGAGUCGCUACUGGAACCGUGUAGCAGCCGCAGCUCUAUUCUAUUUUCUAUUCAUGAACCUUUUCCUUUUAUUUCUCACCUGAGGACCCUGGGUUGAGAUGGCAGAGACACACUGAUUGACCUGAGGACCCCGGGUUGAUUUGGCAGAGACACACUGAUUGACCUGAGGACCCCGGGUUGAUUUGGCAGAGACACACUGAUUGACCUGAGGACCCCGGGUUGAUUUGGCAGAGACACACUGAUUGACCUGAGGAUGCCGGGUUGAUUUGGUAGAAACACACUGAUUGACCUGAGGACCCCGGGUUGAUUUGGCAGAGACACACUGAUUGACCUGAGGACCCCGGGUUGAGAUGGCAGAGACACACUGAUUGACUGGAGGAACCUGUGCAGAGACUAAAGGAUCUCACUCCACACACCUGAGUGUCCAGAGGACUGAUCUUAUUUGGCCACAGGAGAAGGAUUAAGGGACAAGGAUGGUACCUGGAGGAUCCACCAGAACAUAACAUCUGAUGCAGAACUUUCAGGACACUCAAGGAAAGUAUCCUGACACUACCAAAGCUAUUAUCCAUAUAAUAGUCUACAAUUGUCCAUUCAUAUCAAAAGCAAAAGUACAAGAGGAACUGGAGAGGGGAGUAUGGGACGUUGGAUCCGUGGUGGAGUGACUCCUGGUUGGUUCCCAGGGGCCCGAUGAGUGGCAGCAGCCAUAGCACCAGCCUACUUCGGGGCCGCCGCUUCUACUGCCGGGAAUGGGCCCUGGAAAAGCUUGGGCGCUGUCUGGAGGCCAGGUCCACUCCCGGCCGGCCCCCGGGGGUCCUGGUGACUGGGGGGCCCGGGGCAGGGAAGACAGCCCUAUGCACAGAGGCAGUAUGGCCCACAUCGGAUGCAGGGCUUGGGUUGGCACCACGCUGUUUGGGGUUUCACUUCUGCCAACGGGAGGACGGGAGGAGCGUGACGGUGUGGAGGUUUGUCCUGGGACUGGUGGAUCAGCUGAGGGUCAGCCCCCUCCUCCCCCUGGGGUACAGGGACACACUGGACACCCCCUUGGUGGCUACCACCUUGGAGCCCCUACACUGCCAGAGGGACCCGGAUGACACCUUCAAAAGGGCAGUGUUAUUGCCUUUGCUGGGCCUCCCUCCCCCAGGGCAGCCCUUGUUUCUGGUUGUGGACUCCCUGGACUCGGGGUUUGAGUAUGGGGCCGGUGAGGGGUCCUCCAGUGCUGGGGCUCCAGGGAGGAACAACUCUAUCUCAGAGCUCCUGUCCAGCCACCAGCACCUCUUCCCCAGCUGGCUGCUCCUGGUCUGCUCUGUCCGCAGACAGAACAAGGCUGUGUGUAAGAUGUUUUCAGGUUUCCGUAAGCUGUGUCUGGAUGACCUGCGGAAGCCGGCGCCAGUGCGUGACGUGCAGCAGUACAUCUUGCGGAGGCUGGACGAGGAAGGGCCGCUCCGCCGUCAGCUGACCCCCGAGACAGCCGACAUGCUCAACCUGCUGCACAUCAAGAGUGGCGGCUGCUUCCUGUUUCUGGAACGCGUUCUAGAUGGCGUGGCGGGGGCCUUGGUGGGUCUCCGGGAGAUCCGAGACAUCCCCGGGACCCUCAACGGCCUCUACCUGUGGCUCUGCCAGAGACUCUUCCCCAGGUGCCUGUUCCUUGAGGUUAGGCCCCUCCUCAACGCCCUCCUGGCCUCCCCUAGGCCCUUCACCACCCAGGAGAUCUACACAGCCACCUGGACCCAGGACAUGUCCCUCAGCCUUCUGGACUUCCAGAGCAGGCUAAAGGCUCUGUCUACGCUGCUUAUCGACGGGCCGGGAGGCAGCAAGCUUCUGUUCCAUGCUAGUUUUGCAGAGUGGCUGACGGACGUGAAGUACUGCACCCAGAAGUAUCUGUGUAGCGUGUCUGAGGGACACACCAUGCUGGCCAUGGCUCUCACCCUGCGCGCCCCACACCUUAACACAGAGGACACCUGUCAGAUGGGCUCGCACCUGAUCAGCUCAGGCAUGCACAAGGACAAACCUGACCUCCUGGCCCUAUGGCUGUUGUGGGCAGAUGUGCCCUCUCUGGCUAGCUCCUCAUACCCCUCUUCCCCUGCCUCUCAGCCCCCUGUCCUGGUCAAGCAGGAAGUCCUCCAGUUGCUGAUGAAGAGUGGGGUGUUCCCUCCCUCCUGCGCCCCAGACAGAGGCCCCAGCACGGGGGUACACUGUGCAGGACAAGGGGGGACCAUCAUCCGGCGGGUGCUGGAGAGGCAGGACUCAAUGAGGGUGCUCUUGGACAGCGGGGUCAGUGUGAACCGGACCGACCCCACAGACGGACGCACCCUGCUGGCCAGCGCGGCUCACGCAGGCUCAGCCGACGUUGCCAUCCUGCUCCUGUCCCGAGGGGCUGACCCUUUGAUCAGUGACCACCAGGGCCAGACACCCCUGACGCUGUCUGCCAGGCAGGGCCAUGUUAAGGUGCUGGGGAUGCUGCUGGACUGGGCCAGGGGUCAGCAGCCGGAGGCCGCCGUGAGGAUGGUGGAACACGCGGACAGCGAGGGCUGGACAGCCUUACGGUCUGCGGCCUGGGGUGGUCACACUGAGGCAGUGCACCUGCUGCUAGAUGCAGGGGCGGACGUGGACGGGUGUGAUGCGGAGGGCCGGUCGGCGCUGAGGGCGGCAGCCUGGGGGGGUCAUGAGGAGAUCCUCCUCACACUGCUGGACUACAGAGCGCAGGUGGACAUGGCAGACCGGGAGGGCCGCACGCCGCUGAUCGCUGCCGCCUACAUGGGACACAGGGAGGCAGUAGAGAUCCUGCUAGACCACUGUGCGGAGGUCGACCUGGCCGAUGGAGACGGACGUACUGCCUUGUCCGUGGCUGCCCUCUGUGUGCCCACAGCAGCCGGGGUCAAGGGUUAUGGAGACGUGGCCAGCCUGCUGUUGGAGAGAGGGGCUGACCCGGGGCACAGGGACCGGAAUGGGAUGACCCCUCUGCUGCUGGCGGCGUAUGAAGGUCACGAGGAGGUGGUAGAACUGUUAUUAGAGGCUGGGGCCGACGUAGACGAGAGCGCCGGGCCACAUGCCGCCGCCGCUUCUGCUGCUGUCACCCCACUGUUGGCGGCAGCCGCCAUGGGCCAUACUAAGACGGUGGGCAGGGUGCUGUUCUGGGGCGCUACGGUGGAUAGCAUCGAUGGGGAGGGUCGUACAGCUCUGAGCCUGGCAGCAGCACAGGGCAGCGUGGAGGUGGUCAGAGCUCUCCUGGACCGAGGGCUGGAUGAGAACCAUAAAGAUGAUCUGGGCUGGACCCCGCUGCACGCCGCCGCUUGCGAGGGCCACCGGGGUAUAUGUGCCAUCCUGAUGGAGAGUGGGAGCAUGGCUCGUGUCGGAGAGAUGGACAUCGAGGGACGGACACCCCUCAUCUUGGCUGCGCAGGAGGGCCACUGUGGCACGGUGAGGCUUCUGCUGGACCACCGUUCACCCAUUGACCACCGGGCGUACGACGGCCACUCUGCGCUGAGCGCCGCCGCCCUGGAGGACCACGCUGAGGUGGUGGAGCUACUGAUGAGGCGGGGCACCGACACGGACGUACGGGACGCAGAGGGCCGUCCGCUGCUCUACCUCCUGGUUCUGGAGGGACAUCUGGACAUGGCUGCCCUCCUCAUAGAGAAAGGGGGCGUGCCCUUGGAGUCCCGGGACAUGGAGGGGCGUACGGCGCUGCACGUGGCCACCUGGCAGGGCAAUCUGGAGGCGGUGGGGCUGCUGGUGAGCCAUGGGGCGGACCCUAACGCCCAGGAUGGGGAGGGACGACCCCCCCUGCACUCUGUAGCCUGGCGGGGUCAUGUGGCGCCUGGUCGUCUGCUCCUGGAGGUCAGGGGGAUCAACGUGGAUCUGGCCUGUCGACAGCAGGGGGCCACGGCACUGUGCAUCGCGGCUCAGGAGGGCCACGCCAACAUCGUUGCCAUGCUACUGGAGGGAGGGGCCAACCCAGACCACGUAGACAAGUACGGCCGCAGCCCCGUCAAUGUAGCCGGAAAGCGGGGCCACUUCACCAUCGUCAGGAUGCUGGAGAGCUACGGAGCCAAACCGUACUCAAGCCUUCUGCCCCAAUCGAACACCCGGUCGCCCAAGUCAUCCACUGUGAAGAGCCUGUACUCAACCUGCUCAGAGAGUAACGAGGCUAGCGUCUCCACCUCCUCAGCCUCGGCCUCCUGCUCCCCAGGCUCCACAGCCGAGCAUUUCCACUCCAUCCAGAGCUCCCAGACAUCCUCCUCCACAGCCCACUCCCUGGCCACGGUGCAGACCGUCCCCGCUGACAGCCUGUCUUUCACCCAGCAGAUCCAGCAGCACUCCCUCCCCCGCAGCCGAUUUGGCCAUUCCACCCUGCCUCCGCCAGACUCCGCUCAUGGCAGCCUGCACAGCAGCAGCCGCAGGGCCCAAUGCCCUAAGGCCAGCCCUCCUCCACCCACCCUCUACACAGUCACGGCCACGGUACAUGACUCUGACCAGCCUUGCAAAGGCUACCCAAUAGGAUUCGACUAUCCCAGUAAACACAAACCCCCCAGCCUGAUCCAGGAGGCGAGGUCUCAGUACGAAGGGGGGAGGUGGAACUCUGUUAUGGCUUCUCUAGGGGUGAUGCCAGGACAAGAUGGCCCCAAAAACAGGAACUGUCUCCCUAUGGGCUACCCUUACGAGCUCCAGAGCCCGGCCCAGAGAGAGACACGGGAGGAGAACCAGAAGAUGUCUAUAAAGUCCAGUAGUGCCUUAUCUCCUCCCUGCAUGGUGGUCAUGACGACCACGGACCCCCAGCUCAACCUGAAACAGGCCAUCAAGCUGCAGUUUGAAGGGCCCACCAGCGCUGCCUUAUACAAAAGAGAGACGCCCCUGUGAACUACUGACACCUACGGUUCUAAGUGGACGAGGUACAUUUUCACAGUGAAUAAUGGCUCUUACAGGGCAGAUGAUCUCUCUGCUCCACCCUCUGGUCAUCCCACCCUCUCCGCUCUACUCUCAGCAGAGAAGAUGAGAGAGGAAGGGAACUCUCCACUCCACCCUCUGGUCGUCCCACCCUCUCCACUCCACCCUCAGCAGAGAAGAUGAGAGAGGACGGGAACUCUCCACUCCACCCUCUGGUCGUCCCACCCUCUCCACUCCACCCUCAGCAGAGAAGAUGAGAGAGGAAGGGAUCUCUCCACUCCACCCUCUGGUCGACCCACCCUCUCCACUCCACUCUCAGCAGAGAAGAUGAGAGAGGAAGGGAUCUCUCCACUCCACCCUCUGGUCGACCCACCCUCUCCACUCCACUCUCAGCAGAGAAGAUGAGAGAGGAAGGGAUCUCUCCACUCCACCCUCUGGUCGUCCCACCCUCUCCACUCCACCCUCAGCAGAGAAGAUGAGAGAGGAAGGGAUCUCUCCACUCCACCCUCUGGUCGACCCACCCUCUCCACUCCCCCCUCAGCAGAGAAGAUGAGAGAGGAUGGGAACUCUCCACUCCACCCUCUGGUCGACCCACCCUCUCCACUCCACCCUCAGCAGAGAAGAUGAGAGAAGACGUGAACUCUCCACUCCACCCUCUGGUCGACCCACCCUCUCCACUCCCCCCUCAGCAGAGAAGAUGAGAGAGGAUGGGAACUCUCCACUCCACCCUCUGGUCGACCCACCCUCUCCACUCCACCCUCAGCAGAGAAGAUGAGAGAGGACGUGAACUCUCCACUCCACCCUCUGGUCGUCCCACCCUCUCCACUCCACCCUCAGCAGAGAAGAUGAGAGAGGAAGGGAUCUCUCCACUCCACCCUCUGGUCGACCCACCCAAGGCUGUAACUGGGGUUUUGUGUUUAAGUACGGUUCUGGAAGGGUGAAACUCAUUACCUUGAAAUGCUAUUUGGAGAACAACCCAUCAUUAACCCCUCGGCUGCUUCAUUCACCUCAGGCCAUCUGCAAACACCUAGCCCAUUAGCUAUACAGUUGUAAUGUGAUACCUCUGAAAGGGGGGAGAUAUGAGAAAUGAUUCACACUAACACGUAGCAUCAGCGACAAACUGAAAAUGUCUGACGUUUUUAGAGUUGUGUUGGUUACAUUUUAAUGUUGGACGAUAUGGAAGAAAGGCCAUGUGGAGACGUUCAUUUUUAUGUUUUGCUUGUUCGCUAAGGGCUAGUACAGAUUUUCUCACGGGGCCCCUGACCCCAAGUUUGGGAACCACUGUACUAACCUCUCUGUCUGCUUACUCUCUGUCUGCCUCCUCUUCUUCUUUCUCCUGAAUGCAUUGUAGUCUGCCUCAGCCUCACCACUGAGUGCCACAUCACUGUCUGUCUCAGUAGCCUGCUCUCUGUAAUGUAAAGGUACUAUGAAAACUAAGUAGCCUAUCUUUUGCUCCUGAUGAGGUAGGCUUUGUUUAAUGUUAGCUUCUUACUUCAUCUUUCUAGCUGGCUCAGUAAUACAAGCCAGACACCUUCAACGUUACUGCCGGCAGACUGACAGAUCUAUAAGCGACAAUUUAUCAGUUGUGCACUGAUUCUCUGACAGACGGUUUUUGUUUGUUUGUCUUUAGACACGACAGGAGUCACGGGACUGUUCUAACAUGGCCAGAGACAGAGACAGAGACAGACCAGAGAUGGAGACAGACCAGAGAUGGAGACACAGACAGAGACAGAGACAGAGACAGACCAGAGAUGGAGACAGAG